CUGCGGUCCCCGGCGGGAGGCGGCGCGGCGGCGGAGCGCGACCCCCGUCCCCGGCCGCCCUGCCCUCCUGGCCCGGGAAGGCGGAAGAUGCCCGUGAAGAAGAAGAGAAAAGCCCCCGGAGUGGCAGCGGCGGUCGCGGAAGACGCGGGCCUCAAGAAGUGUAAAAUCUCCAGCUAUUGCAGAUCCCAGCCUCCUGCUAGACUUAUCAGUGGAGAGGAAGAUUUUUCAAGAAAGAAGUGCCUGGCUUGGUUUUAUGAAUAUGCAGGUCCUGAUGAAGUUGUAGGGCCAGAAGGAAUGGAAAAAUUUUGUGAAGACAUUGGUGUUGAACCUGAAAAUAUUAUUAUGUUAGUUUUAGCGUGGAAAUUGGAGGCUGAAAGCAUGGGAUUUUUUACCAAGGAAGAAUGGUUAAAGGGAAUGACCUCAUUACAGUGUGACUGCACAGAAAAGUUACAGAGCAGAUUUGAUUUUCUGCGCUCACAGCUGAAUGACAUCUCAUCGUUUAAGAAUAUCUACAGAUAUGCCUUUGAUUUUGCAAGGGAUAAAGAUCAGAGAAGCCUUGAUAUUGACACUGCUAAGUCUAUGUUAGCACUGCUGCUUGGGAGAACGUGGCCACUCUUUUCAGUAUUUUAUCAGUACCUGGAGGGCCUGUUCUACUUGAUGAAUUUGUUGAGUGGCAAAAAAUCCGUCAAACAUCAUAGCAAGAACUGUUGUGAAGAAAAUGCAGACCUUGUGAAGAUGAUACAGAGAGGGAGGACAUACAAGGGUGCAUUUUCACUCACGAGAGACUUCUCAUAGUACUUCUUUCCUUUUUUUUAAAGGAAGUUUUCUUGUUACAUGUGAUGGGCACUGAGCCACGUCUUCUGAGACUGAAUAUUGAUGUUUUUGUUUCAAGUUAUGUUUUUAACAUUUAUUUCAGAACAAUAAAGAUUCAGAGUUGUGACAAAGGCCUUAAAGUGA